UGUAUAGCAGUGUCUCAGUGCCCCUGUGUGUACCAUGGCACAGCAUAUCCUCUUGGUCAUGUAUUGGAGCAGGGCUGUACUGUCUGCGUCUGUAUGGGAGGAGUGUGGAACUGCACCGAAAACAAUUGCACUGCGGAAUGCACAGUAAUGGGUGAUGCACAUGUGACCACAUUCGAUGGGCGGAUCUUCAUGCACAUGGGCUCUUGUCAGUAUGUGCUAGUGAAGAGCCGCGGCAGCACCAAGUUUACUGUCACACUACAGUACUCAGCCUGUGGAGAGUCUCAGGAGCACUCUUGCAUCCAUUCAGUGGCUCUGGUGGUGGAUGAAGAUGUCAGCAGGCAGCUCACUCUCACCAGAGAGGGGGAAAUUGUUAUUGGGGCCAGUAUGGCUGUCAAUUUGCCUUACUCCGAUGACAUGGUGAAAGUUCGCCGGCUAACGUCGAUGUUUGUGGGUCUGCGGUCUGUCUUUGGCCUGAGGUUUCAGUAUGAUUGUCAGGGUGGACGAAUCUACCUUCAGCUGGACAGCACCUGGAUGGGCUCAACGAUCGGCCUCUGUGGGACCCUCAACGGAAACCUACGGGAUGAUUUCCUCUCUCCUGCCGGAAUGAUUGAAGGAACUCCACAGCUGCACGUCAACGCCUGGAAAGUGUCUUCUGCAUGCUUAAGCCCUGUCAACAUACCUGUUAUCGACCCCUGUGAAAUGAACCAGCAAAAUGUGUUUUAUGCUGCCCAGUGUGAUGUGCUCAUGGAGGAAGUGUUUGCGCCGUGCCAUGCAUAUGUGAGUCCCAGCAUGUACCACCAGCAGUGCCGCUACCAGGCCUGUCGAUGUGGCAGCGCCUGCCUCUGCACUGCUCUGUCCCACUACGCAUACAUCUGCAACAAACAUCAUGUCACCAUCAACUUCAGAGCACACGUCUCUGAGUGCGGUAUGGUGUGCUUAGGAGGGAUGAUGUAUCACCCGUGCACUUCAACAUGCGGGAGGACGUGUCAGUCAAUCAGCAGUGGUGAAGAGUGUGAUGGCGACUGUGCUGAAGGAUGCAGCUGCACAGAGGGCACAUUCUACGAUCACGCUCGCCAGCGCUGUGUGCUGCUCUCCCAGUGUCACUGUUAUUUCAUGGGUUCAGUGUUUCAGCCUGGUGAAGUGUCCUUCAGCUCUUCUGGACCAUG